AUGCCGACGGGCUCGGAAUCCUCAAAGUUAGCGGCCGCCGAGGCGUACCCAAGCGGAACGAAGAAGCCUCCUCCAGAAGCCACAUCUUCUAUUAAUGUCCGAAGGGCGGUUGUCGCGUCAUUCUGGGCCAUUGUGAUCCUCUUCGGGCUUCCAGCAUGGUGGAAAACGACGAAUAUAUACCGUGCGAGCCUUCCGCUGAGGGAGAUGCACGACUGGGCAGACGGCAAGAUCUGCAAGCCAGUGUUCCCUCUCAGCAUAUCCGUGGAGGCUCCUAAUCUGCCUGCAUCGGACGUCGAACACCUGAUUCGAACAACUCAGCAUUACUUGGAUGACAUGAACGAAUUCGCCGCUCACCAUCUCCGACUCGCCCAAGACUCGCAACCCCCUGGCUCGGCUUCGAUUACCCAGGACGAGAAUCGUGAGACAAUGAUACUCCGAUUGAAACCUGAAGAUGAAGCGGCUUCUCCGCGAGCGGUCCUUCUCCAGCAUGAGCCGACACUCGAGGUAUACUUUUCAUCGGCCCAAAUGCCAUCGACAACAUCUACCUCCUCCCCCUUGGCUACAUUUAUAGCCCAUGAAUUGCAAAAGACUUUCGAGGCCGAGCAAACCAUGCUUUCUGCUCUUUUCGCAUCUCAGCCUGCUCUUGAGAAUAUGCAAAGGAAGGCAAUCUCACAGCAGUCAGCAGAGCUCAUUGCUCGUCGCAAUAAUCGAGCAUUCAAGUAUGCUCCGACAUACCAUCUCACCUUUUCCCUCUUCACACCGACGGCCACUCCAUCCUCUUGGGAGAUCGAGAAAGCUUUGGAGGAGUACAUUUCACCUUUGCUUGCUACACUCUCAUCCAUUAGUAAUUUCACGGUCGACACUCAAGUGCAACUCUACGCAACGUUGGCACGCUCAAUCCGCGAACCCCAGUUUGACGUAGAAAAGGGCGCCUGGAUCCUUCGAAAUGAGGACUUGAGUGGGUUCAUUAAUGCCGCUGAAUGGCCCCUCAGUCCUAGUAUCGGAGCUGGACCGACCAUCAACUUCGUUGUAUACGUGCCCGAAGCGGGUAAACAGCCGUUGGUGGUCGAAGGCAGUGGUGCCUCAAGCUGGCUUAUACCUCAAUGGGGAAGCGUACUCAUCCUUAACACAGACCAUUCAGCUCAGGACGGUCAUGAAUCACGGUCAUCGAUGCUCUCAAUGCCCGACCUAGAAUCCGCCAUGGCAACGUUUUCAUCGCAUUUACUGUCGCUGCUAGGCCUGCCCGAGUCUCCCCACUCUCUUCCGCUUCGCAUCUCCACGCUUACCCGCAUCCAUGCUGCAUCGCUCAUCUUCUCCGCAUCCUCUACCCUUGGCUCGCUCGCGCGUCUAACCGACACCUUGCAAUCCAUCGCGAUACCGAAUAGUGUACUCCAUUCCGUCACCCUCACCCUCAAGCACCUCGAUUCUGCCUGCAACGAGCUGCGCGCCGGACGGUUCCACAAGGCACUGGAGCACUCUCGAACAGCAGAGUUUGAGGCUGAAAAAGCGUUCUUUGAGCGAAGCAUGGUGGGCCAGGUUUACUUCCCGGAUGAACACAAGGUUGCAGUGUACAUGCCACUGCUCGGCCCAGUCGCCGUUCCACUGCUUAUGGCGAGUGUGAAGGAAGUCAAAGCCUGGAUCGCGACCUAA